AUGCCUGGUCUGCUCUCUCCGCCGGCCCUGGUGCUGUCGGUGAUGGGGGCUCUGCUGAUGGCCGGGGACCCUGGGGAAGAGGUCUCCAGCACCCCGGCCCUGCCUGGAGGGCCAGCCACAGGCACCGGGGGUCUCAUCUUCCACCCGGAUUGGGACUGGCAGCCCCCGGGCAGUCCCCAAGACCCCCUGUGCCUGGUGACGCUGGACAGGGGUGGUAACGGGAGCGGCUCCCCGCUUCGGGUGGUGGGGGCGCUGAGAGGCUAUGAGCUCGCCUUCCUCGAGGCUGUGCGGCGGGCCCGCUGGGGUCCCCACGGCCUGGCCACCUUCGGAGUUUGCGCCCCCAGGGGCAGGCAGGCCGCCCUGUUCUCUCUGCGGCAGCUGCAGGCGUGGCUGGGGGAGCCCGGGGGGCGGCGGCUGGUGGUGCUGCACCUGGAGGAAGGAGAGCCCCAGACAGAGACCCCAGGGGUGCUCCAGGCUCCUCGUAUUGGGGCAAGGCCCUGCACCCGAUGUCUGGGUGUCAAGCCUCUCCAGAACCUCUGUCAGUCCCCGGACACCCGCUACCUGGUGCUGGCGGUGGACCACCCAGAAGGGGCCUGGCGCAGCCCGGGGCUCACCCUGACCCUGCAACCCCGCAGAGACGCUGCCUUGCUCCGGACCUUCAGCUUUUUGGGCUUUGAGAUUGUGAGACCGGGGCAUCCCCUUGUCCCCAAGAGACCCGACGCUUGCUUCAUGGCCUACACGUUUGAGAGAGAGUCUUCGGGGGAGGAGGAGUAG